ACUACUAAAUAACUGUCAAUAUACGGAUGCUAACUCUGUAUGUUUAUCAAUCAAUGUGAGAAUCUAGAACAUGCCGAAGGUGCUCUAUCUCUAAAUUGACGAUUCUGCCGAAGUUUUAUUGUAUAUGAAAUAAGUAAUCUAUAAAAUAAUAAUGUCUGGAAUCGACACUCUAAAACUUGACCUUGAGGAGUUACAGACUCUCCAACAACAGGCAACCCGGAGUAGAGUUAAGGAAAUGCUUGGCUUAGAUAUACGUAAGGUUCAGUCGGACAUUGUUCUACGUGAAGAGAAGUUGAAGGCAGCAGAACCUAAACCUGCAGUUCCAACACCUGAGGCCUCAACACCUGCUCAACCAAUAGGCAAAUCUAAAUCUAACUUACAGACAGUAAAGAUGACCACGUAUGCCUGGGACCAGAGUGAUAAAUUCUUCAAGAUAUAUGCCACACUUGAAAAAAUCCAGUCCAUUCCUGCUGAGAAUGUCACCUGUGAGUUUCAAACCAGGUCCUUCACUUUGCGUGUUAAAGAACUUGAUGGGAAAAACUAUGAAUUGACAGUCACUAAUCUGUUCGAUGAUAUAGAUCCUGAAAAAUCCAAAUUUAGAAUAAAAACAGGAAUGGUGCUUGUACAGUUAAAGAAAAAGGAGGAGUUCAAAACGUGGGGUGGUACAACUGCUAAGGAAGGAGCAAUCAAGAAACCAAACCUACCAAAAACAGAUGAAGAAGAUCCAUCUGCGUCACUCAUGAACAUGAUGAAACAAAUGUAUGAUGAUGGAGAUGAUGACAUGAAAAGAACAAUAGCACAAGCCUGGACUCAGAGUAAAGAUAAGCAAGGGAUGGCCCCAGGUGGUCCAAUGGAUAUAUAGUAUACAAUUUAGUGCCAAUCUGCUGGAUAUGCGAUCUAGUGCAAAUCUGGUGGAUA